CGCUCCCGCGGCGCUUUUGAGCAGCUCCGCAGGCUCCUCCCGGCGGCGCUCAGGAUCCUCAGCCGGUGCGUGGCUCAGCUCCCCGCCCUGCCCGGCGCCUUGUGGCGGCCUGCGCUCCCGAUACACCCCGCCUGGCCUCACGUUUAGGGACUUGAACCUGGGACAAUGGUGUGCAUUCCUUGUAUCGUCAUUCCUGUUCUUCUCUGGAUCUACAAAAAAUUCCUGGAGCCAUACAUAUACCCUAUGAUUUCCCCUUUUGUUAGUCGCAUAUGGCCUAGAAAAGCUGUACAAGAAUCCAAUGAUAAAAACAAAGGCAAAGUAGACUUUAAGGAUGCUGACAGAAAUGGAUUACCAACAAAAGGACCAACAGGAAUCUAUGAAAAAAAAAAAGACUAACGCAAUUUUCCCAAAGGAUCUCAGUUGUUUUUAAAA